UUUAGACUGGCUGUGAGUAUAGUCAUGUUUCAAGGGCUGAGUUAUUUAAGCCGUGGACGACGCUUAGUGCUUUGCUUUCUGGUUCUUUGUGUGCUGUUUUUUAUUGUAUUUCAUGCACAACGGAAACCACGGACACCACUUUCACCACGGAGACCAUUUUCACCCUAUGAAUGUUUUAUGGAAACAGAUUCGGAUAGCUGGAAUGAAGGACCUAGAAGACUUGAAGACGUUCUACUCUCAGAUACAUUACCUCCUGCAGGCCGAUCCAUAUUUUUCCACGAAACGCGAUGCCGUUCUCCAUACUCGCAAUAUAUACUCAACUUGACGGCGAGACAGGCCUGCUCCAUCGAAUCGGCUGCAUUACAUAAUCCAAAUUUCCAGGUGUUUGUUCUAUUUGCAAGUUCCACCUACAUCUCUGAUGAUCAAAAGAAUCCCCUUUAUGAUGCCCUUAAAAGUUACAAGAAUGUUAAUUUCCGGCAGUUAAAUAUCAGGCGUUACGCAAAGGAUACACCAAUAGAAGAUUGGCUUGAAAAGCGAGAUCUGUUUCGGUCAAAGUUUCUGACAGAGCACAUGUCUGAUCUGCUUCGUUUAUUGACCCUGUACCGCUUUGGAGGCGUCUAUAUGGAUUUGGAUGUGGUAGUGUUACGUAGCUUGGAGAACGUGCCAUUGAACUAUGUGGGUGCCCAUGAUAAUAUGACUUUGGGUAAUGCUGUAAUCAGUCUGGAGCCCAGGGGCAUUGGCCACAAGAUUGCGAAACUCUUUUUACGCGACUAUCAGCAACAUUACAAUGGAAACGACUAUGUAUCUAACGGGCCUAGUUUAAUAAGUCGUGUGAUACCGAAAUAUUGCAAUGCAAAUGUUAAAGAAUUGUUGAAUAAUCCCCAACUUUGUGUUGGUUUCCAUGUGUUCAAUUCAAGUGCCUUUUUUCCGUUGGAAUGGCCACAAUGGACACAUUUCAUUUUACCAAAGUUCCUAAACGAUACCUUGACAAGGACUAAGGAUUCAUAUUUAAUACAUUUAUGGAAUAAGGCUUCGUUCCGGACCCUUUUUAAAGUAGGCAGCAAUAACGCCUAUGGAAAGUACGCGGAAUUGCAUUGUCCUAAGUCAUAUGCGGCAGCUGGUCAAUAUUUUUAAGUUUCUUUUUUUUCCCUGCCUCUCCUUCUGUCUGUCUGUUUCUAUGUAGUAUUAAAUCUUCGGCGUGCUGAAAAUAAGCAUUCUUUCUAGUAAUUGUUUAUGUAAAAUUCUUAUACGUCUGAGUAGAUAAGUUGAAGUAUGUAUUUUAUAAUAAAAUCCAAUAAAUGCUGACUUAAUU